CUCGGCUUGCUUUUUCUACAUGGGCAAGGCAUAGUCCAUCAAGACGUCAAGCCUGCCAACGUUCUCGUUUCCGCCGACGGCCACGCCGUGAUCACCGAUUUCGGUUCGGCUCGGCUACGGCCUCUCUCUGCGCCUUCUCGGACCAGCUAUGCAGAGUGCUUCGACGACGCUCCAGACUUCUCCAGCAACUCCGCUUGGGAGGAUGCGCCGCCCCGUGCAACCGCGUAUUUUGGGCCGAUCAUCUUGAGCGCGAACGACCAGGUAUCGUUCACCAGGCGAUAUGCUGCACCGGAGUUGUUAUAUGCGCCGGUCUGGAUGAGCGGACGGAACGUCUUGGUGUACGAUGAGCGUGUGGACUACUACAGCUUGGGGGUCAUGCUGCACGAGCUCGCUCUAGGCGAC